CAUUCUGUUUCUGUGAUGGCAACUGUCAUGGCUGUCCAGCUGUGCAGUGGCUUCUAGUUCCUCCUGUUGCCCAUGCUGUGUGCACUGGUAUAAAUGCACUUAAACUGGGCUAUUGAUUUCACCCCUGACAUAAGCAUGUCACCCCAGGCUCAUUUCUAGUGAGCUUGGUUUUAUCCCCUUUGAACCCAGUUUAAAGCCCUAGCAAUGACCCUCUCUGUGUAGCUCUCGUGGUAGUAGAUGGAGUGUUUCUAAUCUUACACUGUGUAAUCAAAGCUUUAAGUUAAACUGAUUUGGAUUAUUUUUGUGCAUGGUUUUACUUUGAUCAGUAGAAGGGCCUAACAGUGAGACAGCCUGAAGUGUCAAGGUACUGUAAAAUAUGGGAGUCUUGAAGUUGUGUCCUGUUCCAUUGUACAGCCAGACAGAUGAUGUAUGUAUUGUCUACAUACCAUUAGAUUUGAGUCUACAGACUGAUUGCUCCAUACUAUGCCUCUGAGUUGAAGCAAAACUUUAAAACACCUGUCUUGCUACUGAUUGCUCACUGCAAAUUUGAUCUUGCUUCCAUAAGUGCUUUAGUAAAGAUGUUUUAUGUAGCAUUAUACUUCUUAGCAAGGAGGGAAUUUCUCAAAAUCAGAUGUGUAAUGAAGAUGAUAUUGGAGCAUAUUAAUCUGUGUGUCCUACCUGUAAUCUGGAGAUCAUAGAAUGGUAGAAUCAGCCAGGUUGGAAGAAACCUCCAAGAUCAUCUGGUCCAACCUAUCAUUCAGCCCUGUCCAAUCAAGUAGACCACAGCAAUAAGUGCCUUAUCCAGAUUUUUUUUGGACACCUCCAGGUAUGGUGACUCUACCACCAUCCUGGGCAGUCCAUUCCGAUGCCAAUCACUUUCUCUGGGAAGAACUUCCUCCUAAUAUCCAGGCUUUGCUGAAAUCCAGGUAGACUACAUCUACAGCCUUCCCCACAUUCACCAGGCAGGUAACCUGAUCAGAAAAGACGAGGCCAUCACAAAUUUCUUCUAAAUAAAUUCAAAAGGAAGCUAUGAAAAUGACUUUGCUAAUGCCUGGAUGGUAAAUGUUUAACUAAAUUCUAGCUGACUAUUGUAUUUGGACAUUAAAACACAAAAUGCCACUAAAGAGAAUAGCACUUGAGUAAGUGUAACAGAAUACAUACAGGAAGUAAACAAAGUACAUUCCUCAUCACUUCUCUGUUUUUUUUUCAGAUUGUGUACAAUACAGUUUUAAAAUUUCUAGCCCUUAAUGCCAAGUUUUGUUGCCAUCAUAGCUGUGGUGUGGGUGGAAAAGCCAAACCAGAAAUGAGCAGAUCUAACUGUAAGCUAGUUUGCAUGUCGGCAAUUGACUAUAAAUGGCAGCAGUCACUGACUCAGCGGAAGAAGCUACAUUAUUCAGGUAGUGAAGCGGCAGGUAACUGGUUUAUGUAAUGCUGUUAUGCAGCAGAAGUCUUGGUAUUAAGCAACAAAUACUGUUAAAUACAGAACCUGAUGGAUGGCAAAAGCUACAGCAACCUCGUGGACAAGUUGCCCAUCUGUGCUGAGACUCAGCAUGUACAGCUGGCUAGGCCUUUCUGUGCUGACCCAGUGGUCAUGUUUCACAUGUAUCCAGAAACACCAAAUCAGGUCACUUGCUCUGAAGAUUUGUCAUUUCUGCCUUUCAUGUCUGAGCACCUCAUCAAGGAGAGCUUCUACACUGAGCCCUGCACCUUUCCUUACCAAAUGCCCCAUUCCAGUUACCACAGAAGUGAGUACUCCUAUGGGCCAGCUUUCAUCAGAAAGAGGAAUGAGAGGGAAAGACAGAGGGUUAAAUGUGUCAAUGAAGGCUAUGCUAAGCUGAGGCACCACCUGCCCAAGGAGUACUUGGAGAAGCGGCUCAGCAAAGUAGAGACGCUCCGUGCUGCAAUAAAGUACAUCAGCUACCUGCAGUCUGUUCUGUACAGUGACUCUGUGGCAGCAGAGAAAAGCCUUGUGGAGCCGAGCCAAGCACCUACAGGGAUUAAACAAAACCAGUUUGUAAAGACUAUCUAAACAGCUGCAAACCAACCGAAAGGUCUGGGAACCUAGUAGCCACCGUGUUACUAAUAAUGUGCAUGUACCUGGCACUUCUUAGGAGCAGAUCAUAGCACCCAUCAGUAUCAGCCCACGGAAAAGAGUUUGCAUUUGCAGAUAGUAACUCAGAUAGGCAAAAGAUAACUGGAAAUGUCUUGUCUGAAUGGCCUAAUUUAGCUGAUUAACUUCUAGAACUGUCACCAGGCCAAAAUCAUAGUGUCUGUACGUGUGAAGUAACUGUAUGUAGCAUCACAGCUUACAUGCUUUAAAAUAAAGGCUUU